AUGAAGCUUACUAUUUCCGUUAGUGAUGGUCAAUUGAUUAAUGUUGAUGUUUCUGAAAGUUUGACGUUAGGUGAUUUGAAGGCUUACAUUCAGGCAGAAACUGAACUUGAACCCCAACACCAGAAGUUGACAGUUGAUGGCAAAUUAUUGACCAGUGAAACACAAACACUUAGUGAACUGGGAUUGAAGGAUGAUGAUUUGUUAGUUCUUGAUGUGGGAUCGAUAUCAACAAAUGAGCCUGUGCCUGCUGCUGCUACUCAUCCUCCUCCUCAAUCAACAGGAGGCUCUGAUAGAUUUAAUUUAACUAGCGAACAAGCAGAGAAGUUUAGAACAGAAUUGUUAGGGAAUGAAGUACUUGUGAAGUCACUUAAACGAUUUAGACCCAAUAUCACCGAACUUCUUGCCAAUCCUGCUGCAUUUCUGGAAUAUGCUACCACGAAUCUUAGAAAUGAUAUGAAAGUAGAAGCAAUGGCGAUUGAAAUGAACCCUGAAGAUCCAGAAAAUCAAGCACGGAUUCUUCAAAGUAUUAGACAAGAGCAAAUUGAUCGUAAUUAUCAAUUGGCUCAUGAUAUUACACCAGAAGCUUUCACUAGAAUCAACAUGUUGUAUGUUAAAAUGAUUGUUAACGGACAUGAAUUAAAUGCAUUCAUUGACACAGGAGCAGCAGUUUCUAUUAUAUCUCCCAAAGUGGCUGAAUCCGUGGGGAUAUCUCAUUUAAUAGAUAAAAGGUUCCAUGGUGAAGCUGUGGGAGUGGGGAGACUGAAAAUUGAAGGUAAAAUCCAUAGUGUUCCUAUACGUUUCCCCAAUUCCGAUAUAGCUUUACCAGCAUCAUUUUCAGUGAUCGAUGGUCUGAUGGAUUUUCUUAUUGGGUUAGAUUUGAUGAGAAGACAUAAAUGUAUAAUUGAUUUAGAACGUCACAUUAUGGUCACUGGAGGAAGUAUUGAAGUACCUUUUCUCUCCGAUGUUGAAGUUGAAAAGAUAGUUGGAGACCAACUUGGGUUUAAAGAUUUACUGGAUACUAUACCCAAAGCCACUACGUCCAAAGCCACUACUGAUUCCGUUGCUAAACCUAUGACUGCUUCAGCUUCAAGUAGUCAAACAUCCAGCGCAAGAUCAAGUGCAUUUCCUGAAAAAGAUAUAAAAAUCUUAGUGGAUUUGGGCUUCACUCGUUCAGAUGCAAUAAGAGCUUUACAUCAAUGCAACGGUAAUGUGGACGUUGCAGCAUCAUUAUUGUUCCAAUAA